UUCCUUCUAUAUUGAUUUUCUUUUUAUUCAGUCAGGAAAGGGCGACAGGAACGAAACGAGACGCAUUCCUCAGGCAAUAUCCUUCCUCAACAUUCAUCACAUUACGAAGAGACGGUCGCCAUUGCAAACAACGCACGUUAACGAUAACGAUAAAUGAAUCAGGUCACAAAGUUUGAAGGAUCCCAUGAGGACCUCAUCCACGAUGUCGCGUUCAACUAUUACGGGAACCGACUCGCAACUUGCUCUUCGGACCAAAAAAUAAAGAUCUGGGACUACAAUGAAGCAGAAGGUGUGUGGGAAUCCAAUAUUUCAUUCAAGGCCCAUUCCUGUGCGGUUCUCAAGACAUCAUGGGCACAUCCAGAAUAUGGACAGGUGUUGGCUUCAUGCUCUUUUGAUCGUAGUGUCAUUGUCUGGGAAGAAACUUAUCAUGAUGCAGUCAAGAAGUGGACUGCAGUUGCUACUCUCAGGGAUGACAGCGGAACUGUUCAGGACGUAGAAUUCGCACCAAAUCACCUUGGUCUUCGUCUGGCUAUUGCUGCUGCAGAUGGGCUGGUUCGGAUUUAUGAAGCCAUGGAUGUGACGAGUCUGGCACAUUGGACCAUGAUUGACUCCUUCCCUGUUGGAGAAGGACCAAGCAAGGACGAGGAAGGAAACCAUUGUUUAUCAUGGUGUACUGCGAAGUUUGCUGCACAGAUGAUGGUCGUUGGUUGUGCUAAGGAUCAUGUUGCCAAGAUCUUCAGACAGGACCACAACAGUAAAUGGCAGGCAUGUGAAGUUUUGGGAGGUCAUGGAGGUGUGGUCCAUGAUGUGAGUUGGGCGCCUAAUAUGGGAAGGAGUUACCACCUGAUUGCUACAGCAUGUAAAGAUGGACAUGUAAGGAUAUUCAAGUUGACCGAAGACAAUCAAGGUGGUGCAUUAUCGGGUGGAUGGACCCGCAAGAUGUUCAAUGUAACACGUAUUGCUGAUUUCCCGGAUCACAACGCGGAGGUGUGGCGUGUCGAAUGGAACGUUACUGGAACGAUCCUCUCUUCAUCAGGGGAUGAUGGAAAGGUCCGAUUGUGGAAAGCAACAUACACGGGCGACUGGAAGUGUAUGAGCGUUGUAUCUGCCGAGGAUGGCGCCAACGCGUUCCAAAGAUAGUUUGGUUGAACGCAACCAAGAACAAUAAAAUAAAAUAAUACAAG